UGAGGGAAGAGCUGCUGAGCAGACGGUAGGGGAGGCAGGCGGGCUUUCGCCGCGGCUGUCGGAGGCUCGGCGGAGCCCACCAGCUCCGUCCCGCUCUGCUUCCAUCCCUUCCCGUCCCAAUCAAUUGCAUUGGUUGUUGGGAGCCAUGUCGCUCUUCCAGUCCGCCCUGGACUUCCUGGCGGGCCCCGGCUCGCUGGGAGCCGCCAGCCGUGACCAGAACGAUUUCGUGGGGCAGACGGUGGAGAUGGGCGACAUGAAGCUGCGCAUCAAGCGGGUCAUCGCCGAGGGGGGUUUUGCUUUUGUCUAUGAAGCUCAAGAUCUUGGAAGUGGCAAAGAUUAUGCUUUGAAGCGAUUGUUGUCUAAUGAAGAGGAGAAGAACAAAGCCAUCAUUCAGGAAGUUUGUUUUAUGAAAAAACUUUCAGGUCAUCCCAACAUUGUCCAGUUUUGCUCUGCAGCAUCUAUAGGAAAAGAAGAAUCAGACACAGGGCAGGGAGAGUUUCUUCUGCUUACAGAGCUGUGUAAAGGACAACUGGUGGAAUUCUUAAAGAAAGUAGAAUCCAAAGGACCUAUCUCUUGUGACACAGUUUUGAAGAUCUUUUAUCAGACCUGCAGAGCAGUGCAGCAUAUGCAUAAGCAGAAGCCUCCUAUUAUUCAUAGAGACUUAAAGGUGGAAAAUUUGCUUAUUAGUAAUCAGGGGACAAUUAAACUUUGUGACUUUGGUAGUGCUACAACUAUAGCUUACUAUCCUGACUACAACUGGUCUGCACAGAAGAGAGCAGUGGUUGAAGAAGAGAUCACAAGGAAUACAACACCAAUGUAUAGGACACCAGAAAUGAUAGACUUGUAUUCAAAUUUCCCAAUUGGUGAAAAGCAGGACAUUUGGGCUCUGGGCUGUAUCCUGUACUUGCUGUGCUUUAGGCAACACCCAUUUGAAGAUGGAGCUAAACUUCGCAUAGUCAAUGGGAAAUAUGUCAUCCCUCAAAAUGACACCCGCUACUCUGUGUUUCAUGAUCUCAUUCGCUCUACUUUGAAAGUGAACCCAGAGGAGAGAUUGUCAAUCACUGAACUUGUGAACCAACUGCAGGAGAUUGCAGCAGCUAGGAAUGUCAAUCCUAAAUCCCCCAUCACAGAGCUCCUGGAGCAGAAUGGAGGCUAUGGAAACAAUGCUCAGCCUCGGACAUCUGUGACAUCUGUUUCGCAGAGCUCCAAGCCUGCAGGGCAGCUCAACAAUAUGUACAAUGCAGGCCUGACCGUUGCGGAAUGUGACCAGACUUAUGGAGGGUUCUUUGAUAUUCUGAGGGGUGGAACAGAGCGAUUUUUCACUAAUAUUAAGGAUACAUCUUCUAAAGUUAUCCAGUCUGUGGCCAAUUACGCAAAAGGAGACUUGGAUAUAUCAUAUAUCACUUCCAGAAUUGCUGUGAUGUCCUUUCCAGCUGAAGGUGUGGAAUCUGCCAUCAAAAAUAAUAUAGAAGAUGUGCGGUUGUGUCUGGACUCUAAACAUCCUGGCCAUUAUGCUGUGUACAAUCUCUCUCCAAGAACAUACAGGCAUUCAAGAUUCCAUAACAGGGUUUCUGAAUGUGGCUGGCCAGCAAGACGAGCACCAAAUCUUCAGAAUCUCUAUAGCAUAUGCAAGAACAUGCAUUUAUGGCUGAAACAAGACCAGAAAAAUGUUUGCAUUGUGCAUUGCCUUGAUGGAAGAGCAGCAUCUGCUGUUGUAGUCUGUUCUUUUCUGUGUUUUUGUCGUCUCUUCACUACUGCUGAAGCUGCUGUUUAUAUGUUCAGUAUGAAACGCUGUCCACCUGGCAUUUGGCCUUCUCAUAAAAGAUACAUUGAGUACAUGUGUGACAUGAUGGCUGAAGAACCCAUUAUUCCUCACAGCAAGCCCAUCCUGGUCAGAUCAAUUGUCAUGACUCCCGUGCCGCUUUUCAGUAAGCAGCGUAAUGGCUGCAGGCCUUUUUGUGAGGUUUAUGUGGGAGAUGAGAGAGUAGCCACUACCUCCCAGGAAUAUGACAAAAUGAAGGAGUUUAAAAUUGAAGAUGGGAAAGCGGUAAUCCCAUUGGGUAUAACAGUCCAAGGAGAUGUUCUCAUUGUGAUCUAUCACGCCCGGUCAACUCUAGGAGGACGACUACAAGCCAAGAUGGCUUCAAUGAAGAUGUUUCAGAUUCAAUUCCAUACAGGCUUUGUGCCCCGAAAUGCCACUACAGUGAAAUUUGCCAAAUAUGAUCUGGAUGCCUGUGACAUACAAGAGAAAUACCCUGAUUUGUUUCAAGUCAAUCUGGAAGUAGAGGUGGAGCCCAGAGAUAGGCCCAGCUGUGAACAGCCACCUUGGGAUAACAUGAAUAUAAAAGGACUGAAUCCCAAGAUCCUCUUCUCCACCCGAGAGGAACAGCAAGAGAUUUUAUCAAAAUUUGGGAAACCAGAGUUGCCUAGACAGCCAGGUUCAACUGCACAGUAUGAAGCAGAGGCAUCCCAGUUGGAGCAGUCUUCAGAGAGUGCGCCUACUGAUACAGAAUCCCCUCGCAGCGGUAGUACUGAUGCAAACAACUUCUUUCACUCUCUGGACUGGAAAGAAGGAAAAACUCCAGAAAGUGGAAUAGAAGACAGCUCAUCUAAAAAUGAUUGUGUUCAGCUGUCUGAUGACAGGGAAGAGAGUGAUCCUUCAGAUGAGGAGUUCCCAACAUUUCCAGAUGAAGGAAGUGCAGUUGAUGAGAAAGACUCUACUCCAGAAGGAGAGUUGCUUUUUGAAGCUGGUUUUGAAUCUCCAUCUGCACCAUUACAAAAAUCUCUUCCUGAAGAGAAUGUGGACUUGCUGGGACUAGACUCUGAUAUUUCAGCAGAACAGAAACAACCUAUCUCAGAAAUAAACUCUUCAUCAAGUAAUGCUGACUUGUUGAACAAUCUGUUUGUGAGCAGUGUGUCACAGGUUUCAGAUGAGCCCACUGGAGAUCUUCUUGGACAAGGAACAGAUUUCUUUUUCAGCAGUCAGCGUCCAGCUGCUACUCAGGGUUCAUCUUCAGCAGCAGCUGUGUCUUCAGCCGAUCCAUUUGAUCCAUUCACCAUGUCAUCAAGCUCAGAGAAUCAAGCCCUGUCUGGUCCAGACCUCUUUGGGGACUUCCUUCAUCCAACCUCAACAUCUACAGCUAAUACAGUUCCUUCCACACAAAGUUCACUUCCACCUUCUUCCAGCUCAGAUUUCUUAAAUUUAGGCAAUUUGACACCAGAACCACCUAAAAUAUCAUCAUCUACAAGCCACCCAGAUCUCUUAAGUGGGUGGGAUUCUUGGGCAGAUUCCUCAACAGCCAGCAGUGUAGCAUCACCACAGCUGAAGCCUGUUUGUGAAGGCCAAGCUUUUACCACCGGAAGCCAGUCCAGUGUGUCUUCAGGCUUGUCUUUUAGCCAGGCGAAAGCUCAGAACUUUGAUCCUUUUGCUGAUCUUGCCAAUCUGGGAUCUGGUCUUCCAGGUUCAUCCGCUGGUGGACUCUUGGGUAGUGGAUUUAGUCAGAAGACUGCUCCAUCUCAGAAGAUAGGAAAUCAGUGGCAGAAAUCCUCCAAACCACAAACUCCUUCAUGGCAGUCCCAGACUAAGUCCAGCACAGCAGCUAAGCCCAACUACACAGUAAACUUCAGUGUUAUUGGGGGACGAGAAGAAAGAGGAGUCAGAGCCCCAAGCUUUGGUCAAAAGCCAAAAGUUUCAGAAAAUGACUUUGAGGAUCUCUUAUCUAAUCAAGGAUUUUCAGCAAAAUCUGAUAAAAAGGGACCAAAGACAAUUGCUGAGAUGAGAAAACAAGAGAUGGCUAAAGAUAUGGACCCCUUGAAACUCAAGAUUCUUGAAUGGAUUGAAGGAAAAGAGAGAAAUAUCAGAGCAUUAAUAUCCACUCUACAUACAGUGCUUUGGGAAGGGGAAAAUAAGUGGAAACCAGUCAGCAUGGCAGAUUUAGUAACUCCUGAACAAGUAAAGAAGUACUACAGGAAAGCAGUGCUUGUGGUUCAUCCUGAUAAGGCCACAGGACAGCCCUAUGAGCAAUAUGCCAAAAUGAUCUUCAUGGAAUUGAAUGAUGCAUGGUCAGAGUUUGAAAACCAGGGAUCAAAGUCCCUUUUCUGAAACUUCACCUUUCACAGAACUGCUUCCAGGAACUGGAGCUGAUCAUUGUUAUGACUUUAUUGCGCCUGAGAUUUAUGAAGCGCUUUUCCACGAUUUCAGCACAGUUUCUAGUUAUGCACUUAAAUGUGGGGAUGUAUUUUGUAAGAUGUAGAGUACAAAGCAUUACAUAGAUGCAUUAAGAAAAAAGCUGCUGAAGAAAUCACAGUCUAUUGAAGAAAUCACAGGGAGUAAAGAUUCUCUUCAGUUUUGUAUAAGAAAAAUAGAAUUUGAAUGAAGCUAAGUAAUAAGUGAUAGGCUUGUAUUAGUUAUAAAUCAUUCCAACUUAAAUGAUCUUUGCUGUACCUCUACCGUCCCAAAUUUGUCUGUUACUUUGAGUAGUUUUGUGAUUCAAUUUUGUUAUUUGGUGCCUGUCGCCUUCUUCAAAGUGCUUUAGUUAGCAGCAGUGAAUUUGCUUGGCUUAUCUCAAACCUAAGGGUGUAUAUUUUCUUCUGUAUUUUAUAUAAUCAAUCUGAUAAUCAUUCUGUAAAUAAUGUUUUCUGGUAAUAUCUUUACAAUAGAGUAACAGUUGUUUAGCCAAAAAGACAGCACAUGUGAGAAAGUCAGACAGGGUUGUUCUUGAUUUUUUUUCUUUUUUUUGCCUUUUUUUUUUUAACAUAUCAUGAAUCUAAAAAGAAAUUUUGACUCUGAGGUCUGCAUAUUCCUGCUGUUUUGUUUAUUUAUUGCAGUAGUCUGAGCUGUGCUUAUUUUCCUAGUUCUUUAAAUGGUGUCUUUUGUUUCUGAAUUCAGUGGAAUGUUCCUUUCAUUGCACUUCAAAUACUCUGAUAGAAACAAUUUUACUCUGAAACUUGAAGCGUAAACACAAACCUUUUACUGUAAUUUGAUUUGUCUGAGUAUUAAAUCACUCAUUUUCAUCUGGUGAGCUUUUAAAGUGCUUUAACAAACAUUUUGUUGCGUGUUUGAGCUUGUGUAUUUUUGAGAUAUGCAUGGCAUCAGUGCAUGUGAAAACUUGGUGCGUCUUGGUAUACUGCUGACUUUCUGCUCACCUAUUUCCGUGCACUGCUUAGUGCAAGAUGAGUAGAGACACAGCUUGGUAGCAUAACUUACCAUGUUUUCUCAUUCCCUGUUCAGAAGGCACUAGUGCUGGGGUGGAUGAUGCAAACAACUAAUGACUGUUAUACUCUGUGUAAUAACAAAAAAUGCAAUUUUCAUAUCAAGUUUGAAAAUGUUGAAAAUUAGCUAUUAAAUCUUCAGCAGCAGUCUCCUGAAACCGGACAGUUGGGCAUUCAAGGGGAUAUUUUGACCACUUGCCUUUUUAUACAUUUUGCAUGCUUAACUGAGAGGGAAGCCGUAUUAUUAGCAGAGGUAACUGUUCAGCUGAGCAACAUCUGAACAGGAAACAUGACAUUCUAAUGCCACCUGAAAGGUGCAUUGGAUGAGAUUUUCCACUGCUGCACCAGCCCGAGAGCUGGUGGGUUAGAGACUGCUGAGCACUUGCAAUGUCUAGUCUCUAGCUCUGAUAUAACACAGUUACUUAUUAACCUCUGAUCAAAGGUUUUGUUUGUGUAUAUUUGCAUAUAUAUUUAGCUGCUGUGAUUUUUUUUUUUUAAGGUGAAGCUGGGAUCAGUUAUGAAUCAGGAAGGUUAUAUAUUAUUCAUAGCUGCUGUUGUAUUUCAGUUACUGCUUUGAAGCAGUCUUAAAUCUCAGUAGAUUUCUUUAUAAAUGUAUGUAACUUGCUGUCUGAUUUAAAGUAAGAGUUAAUCUUUUUUCCUUUGGAUACUUCAUUCCUUGUGUAUGUGUUCUGCAACCAUGGAAAUUAAAGGCUUCUGCUGGUAGGAUAGGUUUGUGGGAGACCUUUUUACAGUUCUAGGGCAAAUGUUGUCUAGGAAUAGGUUUCAAAAGACAAACAGAUAUAUAUGACUUUGACUGUAGUGCUAUAUACAAUUGAGAGAUAAAGCAUUUCUAAGGGGGCUGCUUAGAAUAAGGAAGGACGACUUUAAAAACCCAUGUUCAUUCAGCAUGUAUAGGCAACUUAUUUUAAAGCAUACAUUUUUAAUUGCUCUUUUCUCAAAAUGUGUGUUUAAAAAUUAAAACAUCAAAGUUGGGAGGAAAAUAUCUUCCUCUGCUUUGUGUAUUUGGUAGCAUUUUCUGGAUGAUGUCUACAUUAAGCUUUUUAAAACUUCUCUACUCUUGCUUGCAAAAUUUUCUUGGAACACCAGAGAAGAACCUUAGAUGUGAUUUUAAGUUAGCAGGGAAAACAUGAGUGCAAGUAUUUUACCUGGAACUGAAGAUCUCUUGGAAUUAGCUCUCUCUUUUAAAAAUUAUGGAAAUUCAAGAAGUUUGGCUGUGGAUUCUUCCAAGAGCCAUUACAUAAUUCCUGAAACUUUAGUUGGGUUGACAGAGCUGCUCAGCUUAUUUUAUGGCUUAGUCAGCUCUGUUUCUGUGGGGGAACUGGCUGAUUUAUCUGCCCUGCUCCUUUCUAUGUAAUUCAGUUUUGCUGCUAAGAAUUUGGGAGAAGCUUGGUUUGGGAAACUGAUAAAUCUUGACAAUGAAACUAUUUUGGGUGGGAUGUUUUGAUUUUGGUUUUGUUUUUUGUAAUUGUGUCAUUUCUCUGUGUUACGUACAAGAAAGUUCAAACAAUGGGGAUUUCAUUAAGAUUCUGUAAGCAAACUGUUAUUUGGGAAUUAAAAAAAGUUCAAGUGGUGAAUAUGAACAUAAUAAAUGGAAGUUUUGUUUUCUGUGCAACACAAAGCAGCAUGAUGACCACCAAAGAUGUUUCUUAGUGUAAGGUGUUUAUAUUAAGUACAAGAACUGGGAAGAGAGAAGUUAAAGUAUAUUUCAUAUAAAUGUGAUUGAGUAUUAAUGUUGCUUUUAUAUGAGAUGGUAAUUUGGAAGAAAAAAGUCCACCACUUUUAUGAAUUCAUCUUAAAACAGUAAUAAAGAAUGGUAGUCUGGGAAUUAGGGCUUUUUAACCUUUUGAUUUGUACUUGGUCGUUAAUUGUCUGUCUGCUGUAUGAACUAGGAGUGCACUCAAAUGAGAACACACGUAUUUCACUGUAGUUGUAUUCUUAGUGUCCACAAAUUGGAAAGCUUUUAUAGAGCAGGCUUCAGAAAAAAAUUGUUAAUCAGAGACUUAGCUGGAUUCUCUCUUUGCUUAAAAUGUUUAUUUUCCAUUCAUGUUAAUUGUUCAUUGCACAGUUAAGUUUUGAAGUGUUGAAGCCACAACCUGAAAGCUGGAUUUUAUAUCUGCUUCUGCUGGCUGUGAAGCUUGAAGGUGAGGUCACCGGGUGUUACCUGCAGGUUGAUACUCUGUAUGCAUGUGCUCCCAGGAUAUGCAUGAGGCACUUGAGGUUCUCUUACGAAGCACCUCCUUAACUCUUGCAGCAAGUCAUGGCGCCUGCUGGCCUGUGUUGGUUGUUCCUCUCUCUGGUAGCGCCAUCUGACUAACAUGUAUUGUUUGCAGCCUACCAGGGCUCACUUUACAAAACUAAGUAGGCUGAGAUGGUUAGUGCAAGAAAAAGAAAACAGCACAAGAUAGAUUAAAGGAAGAGUAGAGAAAAACACCAGGGCUCUAAAGUACAUCUGAAAUUCUGAAAUAUUGUUUUCUAAUUCUCUCUCCACUGUCCUAUUGCUACCUACCUCUGCUAAAAACAGGUGUAGACUAGCAGAGAGAAUCUGGUUUGCAGCCUCCUUUCCAUCCCUUUUAGAACACUGCUGACUGACUGUAACAAGUUGGAGUACCAAGUCCUUAACGUCCCCCCACGCCCCCCCGCCAAAGCAGAUUUUAAAAAUGUUUGGGCAGGUUUACACUAGUUUUUUUUUUAAAGUACAAAUUACUUGUGUUACAUUGCUGUUGGAUCUGGAAUCCAGCAAAAUAACUUUUGAAACAGAGAUCUAUGAAGGAGAAUUGAUGUUAAGAGUGUGUGGCUGGAGUCUGCCUAAUAGAAGCAAGUGAUGUAUUUUAACUGGAGGAAAUCAGUUGGUGUCUUCAACCUGAGGCUUGCCUUUUUGGUGUUUCCUAGUGCUGUCAGAGUUCCUUAGGAGCAGCAAAGAGUGCUUGUGGUUAAUUAGACAUAAAGUCUGGAAGGAAAACUUCCUCAGCAUUGUUAGUUGGGUCAAGUUCAGCUAUUUUGCUAAUUAGUGGUAGCUUCUCCGUCAAGUACAGAACAGAAAACCUCCAAAAGUGCUGAUGAAGUACAUUUUCUUGGAACGGUGGCAGAGUCCUUGGUGUUGUACUUGUGAGGGUAAUUAGUGCUCAUGAAAAAUGCCUCGUUUACCUUCAUUGGUAGUUCUGGACAAUUCCUCCCAUUUUGUCUUGCCAAGCACAGAGCAGCAGUUAGUUUGUGAAAGCUACAUGCACAAGGUCAAUUUUUUGCACAAACCAAAGCAAAGGAGUUUGAGCAUUACAGAAAUCUCAUCAGGCCUUUGGGGCUGCUGAGUUCUGUGCACCAUUCCACUUCCCGAGGCCAGACUGUGGUUUUCCCAGCAGUGGCAGUGUGUUUGCAUACUUGCUGGCCUCUGCACUCACUGUUGCUCACAGAGGUGUUUUCAGGAAUAACAUAAAUGUGGAAACCGUUUUGCUCCUUAGCUGUGUCCUUAAUUGUCUAACAAUUGCAAUGUAACAGCUGCUUUGUAAAUAAGUUCAAAUUAAUCUUGUAUGACUCAGUUGACAUUUUCUGUCAAGAACUUGCAGGUGAUAGACCUGCGAAAGCUGUAAAAGGAAUGUAUCAUUUCCCACCCUUUGAGCCUGUCCCUGGUGCAGAGCAGCUCUCGCACCCAGAAGCUCAAUGAUGAGGAGCUGAGCUCUGGUUCUGAACUUGAUGAAUCUUGCAAUGCUUGCUUACUCUCUCUUUGGGUGAGCUUAUUGUGGACUGCAGCUUAGACUGCAUUAAGCUUCCAACAUAUGCUCCAAAAAUACGAAUUCAGUACUUUUUAUGAAGGAUACGUGUUGUCAUAGAAGCUUUUAUUACCAAAAGGGGAUUAAGAGGCAUUGUGGGAACUUCCAAAACUCUAGUGGAAUGUACUGUAUAUUUGCAAUGUAGAUUUCUAGAAGUGAUUGUCAUCUCUCAUAAGGUCUUGGCUUGCUCUGAGGUCCUUAUUGUAUCUACCUGUAGUUGUGAUUGUACUUUCAAUAUCUGUGUUUUUUUUCUAAAAAAAAUUUGGAGUGUGUGGAAGGACAGAAUAGACACUCAAUUCCUGGUUUUGCCAUCUUUCAGGAAAUGCAAUGUAAUGUGUAAUUCUGCUACUAGUGAAAUGAAACUUAUACCUGUAUGUAUAUAAGGUAAAAUAGUCAAAUUGAGCCUUGUUUAAAAGUAGAUUUAAUGUUUAGUACAAUGUCCUUGAACAGAAUAUUUUGCUUUGAAAUGUAUUACAAUUUAACCAGUGAUCAAUUAAAACAAACAAAAUAA